GCUACCCUGUUGCUCCCGCCAGCGCGGUCUGGCCCGUAGGUCUCUGGCCGUCCCAGACUGGCGUGCAGGCUUGGGAUCCUCCUGGUGACCCCUCCAGUCCAGGUCCCCUCAGCCACUGUGCCCCAGGAUGGGCCGUGGGGCCGGCCGCGAGUACUCUCCCGCUGCCACCACCUCGGAGAAUGGGGGCGGCAAGAAGAAACAGAAAGAGAAGGAGCUGGAUGAGCUGAAGAAGGAGGUGGCUAUGGACGACCACAAGCUGUCCUUGGAUGAGCUGGGCCGCAAAUACCAAGUGGACCUGUCCAAGGGCCUCACCAACCAGCGGGCCCAGGACAUUCUGGCUCGGGAUGGGCCCAACGCCCUCACCCCGCCCCCGACAACCCCCGAGUGGGUCAAGUUCUGUCGCCAGCUCUUCGGGGGCUUCUCCAUCCUGCUGUGGAUUGGGGCCAUCCUCUGCUUCCUGGCCUACGGCAUCCAGGCCGCCAUGGAGGAUGAACCAUCCAAUGACAAUCUCUACUUGGGCGUGGUGCUGGCAGCUGUGGUCAUCGUCACCGGCUGCUUCUCCUACUACCAGGAGGCCAAGAGCUCCAAGAUCAUGGAUUCCUUCAAGAACAUGGUGCCACAGCAAGCCCUCGUGGUGCGGGAAGGAGAGAAGAUACAGAUCAACGCCGAGGAGGUGGUGGUGGGGGACCUGGUGGAGGUGAAGGGUGGAGACCGCGUGCCUGCCGACCUCCGGAUCAUCUCCUCUCACGGCUGUAAGGUGGACAACUCAUCCCUAACAGGCGAGUCAGAGCCCCAGACCCGCUCCCCCGAGUUCACCCAUGAGAACCCGCUGGAGACCCGUAAUAUCUGUUUCUUCUCUACCAACUGUGUGGAAGGCACUGCCAGGGGCAUUGUGAUCGCCACAGGUGACCGGACAGUGAUGGGCCGCAUAGCCACUCUGGCCUCGGGCCUGGAGGUCGGGCGGACGCCCAUAGCCAUGGAGAUCGAGCACUUCAUUCAACUCAUCACAGGGGUGGCCGUGUUCCUGGGGGUGUCCUUCUUCGUGCUCUCCCUCAUCCUGGGCUACAGCUGGCUGGAGGCUGUCAUCUUCCUCAUCGGCAUCAUUGUGGCCAACGUGCCUGAGGGGCUGCUGGCCACCGUCACCGUGUGCCUGACCCUGACUGCCAAGCGCAUGGCCCGCAAGAACUGCCUGGUGAAGAACCUGGAGGCAGUGGAGACGCUGGGCUCCACGUCCACCAUCUGCUCGGACAAGACGGGCACCCUCACCCAGAACCGCAUGACCGUCGCCCACAUGUGGUUCGACAACCAAAUCCACGAGGCUGACACCACGGAAGAUCAGUCUGGGGCUACUUUUGACAAACGAUCCCCGACGUGGACGGCCCUGUCUCGGAUUGCUGGUCUCUGCAACCGUGCCGUCUUCAAGGCUGGGCAGGAGAACAUCUCUGUGUCUAAGCGGGACACAGCCGGGGAUGCCUCGGAGUCAGCUCUGCUCAAGUGCAUUGAGCUGUCCUGUGGCUCUGUGAGGAAAAUGAGGGACCGGAACCCCAAGGUGGCGGAGAUUCCCUUCAACUCUACCAACAAGUACCAGCUGUCCAUUCACGAGCGAGAAGACAGCCCCCAGAGCCACGUGCUGGUGAUGAAGGGGGCCCCGGAGCGCAUCCUGGACCGCUGCUCCACCAUCUUGGUGCAGGGCAAGGAGAUUCCCCUGGACAAGGAGAUGCAAGACGCCUUUCAGAACGCCUACAUGGAGCUGGGAGGACUCGGGGAGCGAGUGCUGGGGUUCUGCCACCUGAAUCUGCCCUCCGGAAAGUUUCCUCGGGGCUUCAGAUUUGACACGGAUGAGCUGAAUUUUCCCACAGAGAAGCUCUGCUUUGUGGGGCUCAUGUCCAUGAUCGACCCUCCCCGGGCUGCCGUGCCGGAUGCUGUGGGCAAGUGCCGGAGUGCAGGCAUCAAGGUGAUCAUGGUGACAGGGGACCACCCGAUCACAGCCAAGGCCAUUGCCAAAGGUGUGGGCAUUAUAUCAGAGGGCAACGAGACUGUGGAGGACAUUGCAGCCCGGCUCAACAUCCCUGUCAGUCAGGUCAACCCCAGAGAAGCCAAGGCGUGUGUGGUGCACGGCUCCGACCUGAAGGACAUGACCUCCGAGCAGCUGGAUGAAAUCCUCAAGAACCACACGGAGAUUGUCUUCGCCCGGACGUCUCCUCAGCAGAAGCUCAUCAUCGUGGAGGGCUGCCAGCGGCAGGGCGCCAUCGUGGCGGUGACCGGCGACGGCGUGAACGACUCCCCCGCGCUCAAGAAGGCUGACAUCGGCAUCGCCAUGGGCAUCGCCGGCUCCGACGUCUCCAAGCAGGCCGCCGACAUGAUCCUGCUGGACGACAACUUCGCCUCCAUCGUCACGGGCGUGGAGGAGGGCCGCCUCAUCUUUGACAACCUGAAGAAAUCCAUCGCGUACACGCUGACCAGCAACAUCCCCGAGAUCACCCCCUUCCUGCUCUUCAUCAUCGCCAACAUCCCCCUGCCUCUGGGCACCGUGACCAUCCUCUGCAUUGACCUGGGCACAGACAUGGUCCCUGCCAUCUCCUUGGCCUACGAGGCAGCUGAGAGCGACAUCAUGAAGCGGCAGCCGAGGAACCCCCAGACAGACAAGCUGGUCAAUGAGAGGCUCAUCAGCAUGGCUUACGGACAGAUCGGCAUGAUCCAGGCCCUGGGUGGCUUCUUCACCUACUUCGUGAUCCUGGCCGAGAACGGCUUCCUGCCGUCACGGCUGCUGGGAAUCCGCCUCGACUGGGAUGACCGGUCCAUGAAUGACCUGGAGGACAGCUAUGGGCAGGAGUGGACCUACGAGCAGCGGAAGGUGGUGGAGUUCACGUGCCACACGGCCUUCUUUGCGAGCAUCGUGGUGGUGCAGUGGGCUGACCUCAUCAUCUGCAAGACCCGCCGCAACUCCGUCUUCCAGCAGGGCAUGAGGAACAAGAUUCUGAUUUUUGGGCUCCUGGAGGAGACCGCGCUGGCCGCCUUUCUGUCCUACUGCCCGGGCAUGGGGGUGGCCCUCCGCAUGUAUCCGCUCAAGGUCACUUGGUGGUUCUGCGCCUUCCCCUACAGCCUCCUCAUCUUCCUCUAUGAUGAGGUCCGGAAGCUCAUCCUGCGGCGAUACCCCGGUGGCUGGGUGGAGAAGGAGACAUACUACUGAGCCUGCUGGAAAGAAGAACCAGCUCUGUCCCCUGCCUCCCCCUCAGACCUGGAAAUCACACGUGGCUGUUUCUGGUGAGUGCCAGGCCCCAGGCCAGAAAGGGAAGCUGAGUGGAGAGGUUAGGGCCUAUUUCCCAUCAUGGCUAGUCAGGCACCUCUAGAAGAGAGCUGGACGGACUGGUGGGGUCUAGGGGUACAGCACAGGAGGGGAACAACAAAGGGACAUGAAAAGACAGUGUCAAUGACAGGACAUGUGACUGGUCGGGUCUCCAGACAGAUGUCUGGGCUCCAGCUCUGGGUCCUGCCCUGUAGAGCACCCUACCAGCAGACCAAAUUCAAAUGUCAUCAGAACAGCAGCAGAGGCAGGACCAGAAAGCAAUGCGGGGCAUUUCAUGGGAUUCCAUGCCCACGUGCCACAGCAUCCCCACCGACCCUUGGUCUGUGGUCUGUCUGGGCCAGCAGGCCCAGGUGUCACAGCUGCGCCAGCUCUCUCAGUCACGGCGCUUGGGAACGCCCCACCCUUUAGAAUGCUAAGCCCUCAGAAGUCCCCCCAAGAGGGUAGCUGCCAGUCCAUUCCCUGCUCCUCUGGCCCCCUCCGCGUCAUGCCCGUCCCUGUGCGCUGCGUCAUUCCCAGGCACUGCCAAGCCUGCCCUGGAAAAGGCACUCCCUGGCCAUCAGCUGGAAGUGGGGUGGAGAAGUUCCCAGAAGCCUCCUGUUUUCCGGGGACAUGCAGAAUCCGCUUAGGUCAGAAGCUCUGGACAGCAAGAGGGAAAGCACCAGGAGACCUGCCUUUGACCUCUCAGACAGCAAGCCUGGUCCCCCCAGGCAGGCACCCUUCACGCUGAUCAUUGUGCCACUUCCCCCAGAAGGGCAGUUACUGCCAGGUUCCUACGGGAGCUACUUUUCCUUCCCUUGCGCCUCUCCACCUAUCCCGUGGCUCUGCAGGCAGCGCGGCCCAUUCCCUAAGCCUGGCGUAGAGGGCACCGGAACGUCCUGUAGAGACACCUAGAUGACCCAAGCAAGGGACGGAGACACCCAAGAAAAAUGGAAGCCCUAAGGCAGGAAGGAAGGAAGCCCAAAAGACGCACAUCAGGCCCACAACCUCCCAAGGGCUAUUCCUUCCUUAUACUGGAAUUUUCCUUUAUCAGUAGUAUCUUGAAAUAAGUCAGUUCUUGGGCUUGGAAAACUAAAUGGGAAACCGUAUUACUUUGGGCCUGAUUGAUCUGAGAUUUAUUGUCUAUGGACAAAAGUUUGCCUUGGCAAAUCAAUAAAAAUGGCAUUUGUUUAGUAAGUUAAGAGCAUAAUAUUGCUAAGGGUGGCAUAUUUAGUCUACCUAAACCAAUACUUUUCAGGCACUUUAGGACUAUCCAUUUAGAAGUAGUGAACGCGUGGCCUAAUUAUCAUCAGUUCUUAGGUAUUUUUUCAAAACAUCUGCAAGACCUUUACUUGGUGACCUUUUGUAAGACGUUAGUUUGAAGCACUACAUAUGUACUUGAAAACAAUAAAGUUACAUUUCUUUAUGAAAAAAGA